AUGGAAUACAUACAGGCUGGGUUCGAUGAAAACACGAUACUAGAAGGUUAUCACCUAUACAUUGGAAAUCUACCAGAGUUUGUUGGUGACAAAGAGUUGUUGAUCCUGGUUAAAUGCUUCUCUAAAUAUGUAUCUGCUGCUAGGAUUGUAAAAAGCGAAUCGACAGGCACAAGCUAUGGUUAUGGAUUUGUAAAAUACCACACAGAUGACGAAGCGAUGGCUGCUUACAAUUCAAUGAAGGGUGCAUGUGUAAAGGGCAAUCCAAUUGUUGUAUGCCUAGUGUCAACUCACACAAAAUAUAAUCGUAUUAGAAAUCCCGAGAUUGAUGAGCCAUUAAUACACUCUUCAUCAAUAUAUAUCAAUAAUGUAGCACCGGAGGUUCCACAUUCGGAGUGGGAGUCCAUUUUCCGUCGUUUCGGGGAGACAACGUAUGUCAACGUGAUAGCUCAUAAGAAAUACGGAUUUGUAACAUACUCCAAGCGUCUAUUCGCUAUCGCUGCAAUGUGCCAUCUUAAUGGUUGUCUCGUUGGAGGACUGGUCCUUAACUGUACAUGGGCCAAAGAUGAGCAGGCAGAUCACAAGGGUUAUGUAAAUGACCAGCUGGAAAUGGAUCGCGAUAAGCUAGAUGAGAACUUGGGUAAAAAACACGCCUAUGAUUUGCUACCGAAGAAGCCACUAAUUUCGGGCUAA